GUGUCACCGGGGCUUGCUGAUGCCAGGAGCUGGUCGACGCCGGCUGCGGACAGCAUCUCUCCGAGGACGCAGCACUCCAGGCUCGUUUUCCUGAGUUACUAGGCUCUGCCGGUGCGGACUGGCGGCGUUCCUCCUCUGCCGGCCAUACCGGCACCGUCACUGGGCUUCCGACCGGGCGGGGCGCGGGGUGACGAGGUGCGUGCCUCCCGCCGGGCGCGUGAGUGCGCCUGAGUGGCUUCUCUGUGACCGCGGCCCCCGACGCUCGCGGCUGCAGGGUUCCCCUGCGUCUCUGUGCUCAUCCCCUGGGGAGGGGGACAGCGUCCCGCCAGCUGAGAAUCGCGCAGCUCCAGCUACUGCGGUCUCGUCACCUUCCUGCCCCGAGAACCGGGCGCUUGAAGAUGCCCCGAUAAUAAGGAUUUACACCCAGAAGUGUCCUAGGAAGGGAGAAAACAGACCGCCGUGAUAGGAUCCCUGUUGUACCUUGAGAGUCCUGUGGGAAAAGCGGACCAACUGUUCGGAGGUCCUCGGAGGUGGUCGUAAAUUGUUCUGUAGGCUCUGAUUCUUUUUCCUUUCCUCAGUUCUGUUUUUCUGCAGGAGAAGGACACAGAGAGAAAUAAUAGUGUACGUCGUAAAGACUUUCUUGAACUCUGGCUUCCCUGGACUCUGCACGUUUCCAGGAGAGAAACCUGGAAAAUUGAGUUCUGACAGUUCUAAAAACCAUGCCCCACUGGUUGGUGACUUUCAGGGAUGUGGCCAUAGACUUCUCUCAGGAGGAGUGGGAAUACCUCAACCCUGCUCAGAGGGAAUUGUACAGGGAUGUGAUGCUGGAGAACUAUAGCAACUUGUUGUCACUGGCUGGAUGUUCAGUCCCUAAGCCAGAUGUGUCCUCCUUACUGGAGCAAGGAAAGGAUCCCUGGAUGAUGGUGAUAGCCAUGACAAGAAGACGAAGCUCAGACUUUGAAUCCAGCUGUGAGGCCAAGAAGCCAUCUGCAGAAAAGAGUAUUUAUAAAAUGGAAUCACUCCAGUGGGAGAUAAUGGGAAAGUCUCUGGGCCAUGACCUUGAGUACCAUCGUCCUGGAGGCAUCAUAGAAUACAAAGGCCAGCUUAAGAGUCAGCAGAGAAAUCAGGAGGCACUUUUCAUGCAUGUGAAAACCUGUGAAGAAAAGACCACUCAAAUUCAUUCCACAUCCCCUACGCUUCAUCAGGUAAUUCCUACAAAGGAGCAAGUGUACAAAUGUAAGGAAUGUAGACAAGCCUUCAGCUACCUGUCCUGCCUUAUUCAGCACGAGAAAACUCAUAAUGAACAAAAUUCGGAAAUCAAGAAACGUAGGAAGACCUUCAGCAAAAAGCCAAGCUAUAGUCAGCAUCCGAGGAUUCAGACUGGUGAGAAACCAUAUGAGUGUAUGGAGUGUGGAAAGGCCUUUGGCCGUAGUUCCGAUCUGAUUCAGCAUCAGAAAAUUCAUACUAAUGAAAAACCCUAUCAAUGUAAAGCAUGUGGGAAAGCCUUUAUUCGUGGCUCCCAGCUCACUGAACACCAGAGAGUUCAUACAGGAGAGAAACCCUAUGAAUGUAAGAAAUGUGGGAAAGCCUUUAGUUAUAGUUCACAGUAUACUCUUCAUCAGAGAAUUCAUAGUGGUGAAAAACCCUAUGAAUGUAAGGAAUGUGGCAAGGCCUUUAUUCUUAGCUCUCAACUUACUUACCAUCAGAGAAUUCAUAGCGGUGAAAAACCCUUUAAGUGUAAGGAAUGUGGAAAGGCCUUUAUUCUUGGUUCACACCUUACUUAUCAUCAGAGAGUUCAUACUGGUGAAAAGCCUUAUAGAUGUAAAGAAUGUGGGAAAGCUUUUUUAUGUGCCUCCCAACUUAAUGAGCAUCAGAGGAUUCAUACAGGUGAGAAACCCUAUGAAUGUAAAGAAUGUGGCAAGGCCUUUAUUCGUGGCUCACAACUUACUUACCAUCUGAGAGUUCAUACAGGUGAGAAACCCUAUAAAUGUAAAGAAUGUGGAAAAGCCUUUAUUUGUAAUUCUAAUCUCACUCAACAUCAGAGAAUUCAUAGUAAUGAAAAACCGUACAAAUGUAAAGAAUGUGGAAAGGCCUUUAAUUGCUGCAAACAACUUAGUGAACACCAGAGAAUUCAUACAGGUGAGAAACCCUUUGAAUGCAAGGAAUGUGGAAAGGCCUUUAUUCGUGGUGCAUAUCUUACUCAACACCAGAAAAUUCAUGGUGAGAAACAUUACGAAUGUAAGGUCUGUGGGAAGGCCUUUAUUCGUGUCACACAACUUACUUAUCAUCAGAGAAUUCAUACAGGUGAAAAACCCUACAAAUGUAAGGAAUGUGACAAGGCCUUUACUUAUGGCUCACAACUUAGUGAACACCAAAGACUUCAUAGAGGUGAAAAACCCUAUGAGUGUAAGCAGUGUGGGAAGGCCUUUAUUCGUGGUUCACACCUUACUGAACAUCAGAAAACUCAUACUGGGGAGAAGCCCUAUGAAUGUAAGGAAUGUGGGAAGGCCUUUAGUCGUGGAUCAGAACUUAAUCUACAUCAAAGGAUCCAUACUGGUGAGAAACCCUAUACAUGUGUUGAAUGUGGUAAAGAUUUUAUACGUCAUUCACAACUUACUAAGCAUCUGAGGCUUCAUAAUCAAGAAAGCCACUGAAUGUGAUGUAAUCUAAGAAAGCCUUCCCUUGUCAUCAGUGGCUCUGGUAUUGCAGAGACAUCCUUUCAUUUCAGCACACAUUCAACCCUUUUAGAAAGCCUAUAUUACCUUCUGGGAGCCCUAGUGGCGCAGUGGUUAAGUGCUCUAAGUGCUCAGCUGCCAACCGAAAAGUGGGCGUUUUGAACCCACCAGCCACUGCACAGGAGAAAGAU